AUGACUGGUAAUCCCUGCUCAAAUUUCUACACAGACUGGUACAAAUUCAACCCUUUACACCAUUAUUCUACUAAAAGUCCUCCUCAUCACCUGAUGACUCCCUAUAGUCACGACAAUUCAUUACACAGUACUCAAACCCCACCUCCUUCAUCUCCAGUGAGAGAAGCUCUUCCCCUUUUGAGCUUAAGUCCCAUAACCACAAGAAAUAAUGAAGAAAAACAAGAACCAUCUUGGGUUUCAGACAUGGAUAUUUACAAAAACAAAGGAGCUGCAGAUAUGGUUACUGCUGAUAAUGAAGAGGUUACUGUUGCACUGCACAUAGGGUUACCAAACCCUAGUCCUGCUAUUCUUUCUGAAACCAGUGCUAAAGAUGAAGAAGCUGAUGUUUCAGGGUACCCCAUCAACAGACUUAAUAAGGGACAGUACUGGAUCCCUACCCCUUCUCAGAUUCUUAUAGGUCCAACUCAGUUUUCAUGUCCUGUUUGCUUCAAGACCUUCAACAGAUAUAACAACAUGCAAAUGCACAUGUGGGGGCAUGGAUCGCAGUAUAGAAAAGGGCCAGAAUCUCUAAGAGGAACUCAACCAUCAGGAAUGCUCAAACUCCCUUGUUAUUGCUGUGCACCUGGCUGCAAAAACCACAUUGAUCAUCCAAGAGCAAAACCCUUAAAAGAUUUUAGAACCCUUCAAACACAUUACAAGAGGAAGCAUGGAAUCAAGUCAUUCAUGUGUAGAAAAUGUGGAAAAGCUUUUGCGGUGAGAGGAGAUUGGAGAACCCAUGAGAAGAAUUGCGGUAAACUUUGGUACUGUAUUUGUGGCUCUGAUUUUAAGCACAAAAGAUCCUUGAAAGAUCAUAUUAAAGCAUUUGGACAUGGUCAUGGAGCUUUUGGAAUUGAUAGUUUUGAAGAAGAAGACGAACCUGCAUCAGAUAUUGAACAUGAUGAUGAGUCCAUGACGUGA